GUCAAAGAGGAAAACAGCAGUGUGUUUAAAAUUUUAGAAGUUUUCAGCCCAAUAAAUUAUGAGCCCAAAUACAAAGUAGUAGCCCAUGCAUCAUUUUUAACCCUAAUGUCACAUAUAAAAUCAUCCGAGCCACCAUUUCUUAACUGUUCUCACAUCAAAAACCCUAGCUGUGAGGUGAAGCUCAGACCUUUGGCACCAGAGAGGAACGAUUUCCAAGAGCAGCACUAGCCAUGGCGGACGUUGAGACUGAUGUUGCUGGACAGCCGGUAAAGAAGAGAACGUUUAAGAAGUUUAGCUACAGAGGCACUGAUCUCGAUGCGCUUCUCGACAUGUCUACAGAAGAACUCGUCAAGCUCUUUAAUGCUCGUCCCCGCAGAAGGUUCAAUAGAGGUCUGACUAGGAAACCUAUGGCUUUGAUCAAGAAGCUGAGGAAGGCAAAACGUGAGGCCCCAGCAGGUGAGAAGCCUGCCCUCAUCCGAACCCACUUGCGAAACAUGAUUAUUGUACCUGAGAUGAUUGGAAGUGUACUUGGUGUGUACAAUGGCAAGACUUUUAACCCAGUUGAAAUCAAACCAGAGAUGAUUGGCCAUUAUCUAGCUGAGUUCUCGAUAUCUUACAAGCCAGUCAGGCAUGGUAGGCCCGGUAUUGGUGCUACCCACUCGUCCAGAAAGCAUGCGAAAUUUCAAUCGAGAGUGGACAUUAGGAUGUUGUCCUAUCGAGAGGAGAUGUUUGUGAGGACAAGAGGCGGUUUGGACAAUGGUGCCAAGGGGAAAUGGGAGAAACUGAACAAGGGAACAAAGAGAAUGAUUAAGGAUCCAGCUGUACCUUAUAGCGGGAUUACGGGCUUAGAUAAACUAUGCAAAGGGAUAGUCUUUCUGGUGGCCCAUCAACACCUGGUGGGCCUACUGCACGGUUACGCAGACGCAGAGGUCCCUCAGGAAGUUGAGAAAGCUGAUGGAAGCCAUUUACUUGCGAAUGAUCGUAACAAGUACAAGUCGAUGCUAAUCCGUACAUAUUCAACUGUUUGGAUGAUUGGAGGCUUUGCGUUUGUAAUAUACAUGGGCCACCUUUAUAUUUGGGCCAUGGUAAUUGUUAUCCAAAUUUUUAUGGCAAAGGAGUUGUUCAAUUUGCUUAGGAAAGCACAUGAAGACAAAAGACUCCCAGGAUUCAGGCUCCUGAAUUGGCACUUCUUCUUCACGGCGAUGCUGUUUGUGUAUGGCCGUAUUGUCAGUCAAAGGCUCGUGAACACUGUAACUGCAGACAAAGUUCUGUAUAAGCUCGUGAGCAAAUUUAUCAAGUAUCAUAUGGUUACUUGUUAUUCUCUAUAUACUGCAGGUUUCAUGUGGUUCAUUCUUACACUGAAGAAGAAGAUGUACAAGUAUCAAUUUGGGCAGUAUGCUUGGACACACAUGAUUCUUAUUGUGGUGUUCACCCAAUCGUCAUUUACUGUGGCAAAUAUCUUUGAAGGAAUUUUCUGGUUCCUUCUCCCAGCAUCACUCAUUGUCAUAAAUGAUAUUGCUGCUUAUAUUUUUGGGUUUUUCUUUGGCAAAACACCUCUUAUCAAGUUAUCGCCAAAGAAAACAUGGGAAGGAUUCAUUGGAGCUUCUGUUGCUACCAUGGUUUCGGCUUUUCUGCUGGCAAAUAUAUUGGGUCGCUUUCAGUGGCUGACGUGCCCACGAAAGGAUUUAUCGACUGGCUGGCUUCAAUGUGACCCUGAUCCAUUGUUUAAACCAGAAAGUUAUUCUGUCCCCGAGUGGUUUCCUGAAUGGUUCCCAUGGAGAGAGGUAUCUGUUUUGCCUGUACAGUGGCAUGCAUUGUGUCUUGGUCUUUUCGCAUCAAUUAUUGCGCCUUUCGGAGGGUUUUUUGCCAGUGGCUUUAAGAGAGCUUUUAAGAUCAAGGAUUUUGGUGAUAGCAUUCCUGGACACGGUGGCAUCACUGAUAGAAUGGAUUGUCAGAUGGUGAUGGCUGUUUUUGCGUAUAUCUAUCACCAGUCAUUUGUUGUGCCACAGAGCUUGUCAAUCGAGAUGAUCAUGGACCAGAUAUUGAUGAACCUUACGUUUGAGGAACAACGGGCACUGUACACAAAACUCGGGCAGAUCAUCAUGGAGAGGCAGUUUGGUGAAUCAUGACUCGUUAUCUGAGUCGGAAGAUCCUUGUAAUUUAUGCAGCCAUUUUUUUAUGCUAGUUCUGUACAUGUGUUUUGAUUUAACUUUUUUUUCUUUUUGUAGAAAUAUCUACUCUUUAUUUAGGAUAACUAUUUGUCUAUUUAGCUGCAGGCAUUCCUUAAUUUCUUCCUUUGCAUUGUAUAGUGCUAAAGCUAUUGAUAUGUGAUGAUUCUCAGAGACUGUUCCCAAUUUCAUUCUAUAUUCCAAGUGACUGAGCUCUGCCUCUGUUUUCCCAACAAGUGAUAUCCGUUAGCUAUUGAUGUAGUUAUAUUUUUCACAAAUUAAAAACAAGAAUAUAAUAACGGGUUGG